GGGUGCUGGGUAGUUCCUGAAGCAACACUCUGCAGGCAAGGCAAUACACACCACCUUAGACAUGAACCACUUACUGAAAGUUCCACUGCUGGCGCGCCGAACAUUCAGCAUCUCUGCCAGACAGCUGAGGAACAAAGUCCCCGAGGCCCAGAAACUCUUCCAGGAGGACAACGGGUUGCCGGUUCACAUCAAGGGAGGGACGGCUGAUGUCCUGCUGUACCGGGCGACCAUGACCCUCACUAUAGCAGGAAGCUGCUAUUCUCUCUACUGGCUUCUGGUUGCCUCCAUGCCUCAGAAGAACUCGUAGAGAACUGGGUCUUGGCUCCGGCAGUCACAUGGAAGAUGAUGCCUGAUGCCUCUCAUGCUUUCAUUUGUUGUACAAAAAAGAAAUCACUUUUCUUUCAUCAUGGCCAUUUGUUUGUUGAUUUAUGUUGUUAACAUGAAUGUCUCCUGACUGUGUACAGGUUAAAUUAAAAAUCUUCCACUGAG